CAAUCAUUCUCUUCUCGUUACCUCUCUCAAUCCCCCCCUACCUCUCCGUAAUCGUUACCUCUGUCUAUCCCCCUCUACCUCUCCGUAAUGGACAAACUCUUUCUCGAUGUCAAGCAAGGUCUACUCGCUAAGGAUCUUUACAGAAUCUUACAGGGCCUAGAAGCCAUCGUCCAGCUCUCUCAACUGUUCAAGAUAUCAGACCUGAAAGCGUAUUGGAAUGGAGCCUCAAGCAAAGACUCCCUCAACGACCGAUAUCUCUUGCUCGAGAAGAUCCUCGUGCUCAUGUCGCGUCUCGGCGACACCAAAGAAAAGUCUGAAAAACUACGCAAGCUGGGUGAAGAUAUUGAGCGGUUUGUUAUUGAUACAUUGUACAAGGACCUUCCACAUCCUCCCAGCACGUACCUCGAUACUUCCUACAACCUUAACACUUCUCAACAACUCCCUGUGACGACGUACGGGUCGGGCGCGGUCAAGUAUGCCUUUCGAACAAGCGAUGGUAGUGGUUAUAACCCACUUUUCCCUUCUAUCGGCAAAGCUGGAACUCCGUAUGCGCGUUCUGUUACAUCUACCAACCUCCUUCCUGUCUCUAGCCUACCGGAUUCUGGCCUUGUCUUCGAUACACUACUCAAGAGAGACAAAUUCGUCGAACAUCCAGGAGGCGUCUCAAGUCUAUUCUUUGCGUUCGCGGAUCUGGUCAUCCAUAGUAUUUUCAAUACGGACCCGCGGGACUUGGCCAUCAACAAUGCAAGUAGCUACUUGGAUCUCAGCAUUCUCUAUGGCAGUUCUGAUGAAGAUGUUCGGCGAGUUCGUCGCACCGAUGGGACGGGAAGUCUGUGGGAUGACGUCUUUUCGGAUAGGCGACUUCUCCGUAUGCCCCCUGCAAGCUGCGCCUUACUGAUCCUAUUUAGCCGCAAUCACAACUACAUCGCCAACAAGAUUCUAAGUAUAAACGAAUUUCGGGGAUACAAGAACCCUCUUGAACUUAACGAAAAAGAGCGCAAGUCACAGGACGAUGAGAUAUUCAAUAGGGCUCGUUUGGUCAAUUCUGCAUACUUUGUACAGGUCAUCCUUGGUGAUUAUGUCGGUGCUAUCCUCGGACAAGUGCGCGAUGGUCAGGACUGGCGUUUGAACCCGCUAGUGGAAAUGCGCCAAGUGAACCACGAGCUGGCACCUCGAGGGGAAGGAAAUGCGGUCUCCAUUGAAUUCAAUCUGCUCUACCGUUGGCAUGCCACGCUCUCGCGGGAAGAUGAAGGAUGGACCGAAGCAAUGCUGCAAAAGUACCUCGGGCAGGACGCUGAUCUCUCUACGGUCACUCCUACACAGUUCUAUGUGGCCGCGGUCAAAGCCUUGCAAUAUCCUGAUGAUCCCAGGGAAUGGACAUUUAAUGGGCUUGAGCGGGUUGACGGACGUUUUAAAGAUGAGGAUCUGGCUAACCUCAUUCUGAACGCCACUGAGCGUAGAGCGGGUGCUUUCAAAGCGAGGGGCAUCCCGGAAGCACUCCGCGUCGUUGAAAUACUGGGUAUCGAGCACGCUAGGACGUGGGGCACUUGCUCGCUGAACGAGUUCAGGAAAUUUAUGAACCUGAAGCCAUACAAAAACUUCGAACAAUGGAAUGGAGACAAAACCGUUGCAGCUGCAGCACGUUCACUCUAUAAGCAUAUUGAUAACUUGGAGCUUUAUGUCGGCUUACAAGCAGAGGAGUCGAAAACACCUGGACCUGGCGCAGGUCUAUGUCCCGGCUACACCAUAUCUCGUGCCAUUCUCGCUGAUGCUGUUAGCUUAACCCAUUGUCAAUUCCAGAAGUCCGACGGUUCUUACGGAGGGAUGCUCACGAAACUCUUGUUCCGCACGCUCUCAGACCAUUAUAAACCUCGAUCUGCCUACGCCCAUUUCCCAUUCCUUGACCCUUCGUAUAUGAGGCAGCAGACUGAGGAACGAGAUAUGAAAAAUGGCACGAACGAUGCCUCAAAAUAUACCUGGACUAGACCUUCCACUGCCGUUUCAACUCCGAAGAUGGUUCAUCAAUACGAUGUUGUCCAACAGAUCCUUGCCUCGAAGGAAUUCAUGACCGCUUCAGGUGAGCGGUUGGAGACAAUUUUGGGACAUCGUCCGCCAGAUCUCUCUUUCAUUCAAAAUCAACUGCUCCAACAUCGAGAAAAAUGGGCCUCCUACUUUCUUGCUUUAACAGAUGAUCUGAUUGUUAAUCGCUCGUUCGAUCACGUUGGUAGUGGUGUAAGGAGUGUGGACAUCGUGAAGGACGUUCUUAAUAUUCUUCCUGUGAAAUGGAUUUGCCAACGAAUUGCUGGACUCCCGAUUUCCAGGGAUCAGGGCCGUCGUAAUUACGACGAAGAGAAGUACUGCAAGGAAUUUCAAGAUAUAUGCCAGUAUGUCUUCGUCAAUCUCGACUCCUAUAAAGACUGGGAGCUGAGAGAAAAUGCGAUCUCGAUUUACAAACGUAUUCACGGAGAGAUCGUCAAAGACCUUAAGGGGUUUGGUUCUUGGAUUAAAGAUACGGUGAACAAAAUCACUGACCCUUGUGAUCCAGAGGACCGUAGCCGCGAGUUCUUGUUCCAGCUCUAUCAAACCCGCGGUACUACAGGUCUGUCUGCGUUAGCUGAUGCCAUUUUCUGCGAGGUCGUUCCUACCGCCGCACAUUUCUCUCAAGCGGUUGCUCAUGUAAUCAACUAUUUCCUUAACGAAGAGAAAAAGGAAGCUCGAGAUGAUAUUGUAAAGCUUUCGAAGCUUCGUACAGCCGACUCAACGGCCAAGAUCAUCGAGCACAUUUAUGAGUCACUUGCCUACGACUCCCCAAUUCCCGUUACAUCUCUCACUGCCUUGAAAGACAGCAAACUUGGAGAUCACAGAAUCAAUGCUGGGGAACAAGUUUUCGUGAAUCUAAGUCGAAAUGACGGGCUUGACGUGGAACACCCCCAUCUAGGUCUUGGUACGCAUGGGCUUUUGCUGCCCCCUCUUUUUGAAGCGAUUGCGCCAGGCGUUGUUGCUGCUAUUCUUGGUCUUCCUAACCUCCAGCGUGCACACGGCGAAUCUGGAAAGUUCAACAGGUAUAGCGAAGAGUAUCGUGGGUUACCUCUUCAGCAGUACAUAACAUACGAAGGACGCGUUUCGCCUUUCCCGGACUCCCUUGUUGUGCAGUAUACACGUGUGUAAAAUAUUUGUACGCUAAUUUAGAUGAGUCAAUGUACAUUAACUGGAGACCGG